CAAAAAAAUUAGAGAGAGACAAAUAAACAAUUCAGUAAACAAUAAAAAAAAGAAUAAGAUGGAAUUGGGCUGGUGGGGAGAAUGAGAACUAAAAGACCGCGAGUAGUGGGGAUAGUGUUUGAGGAGGGGGAAGAAGCACAUCAGUGUAUCGUAUAAACAGUCCCUAUACUUCUACACAUACAAGAAAUAUCUUGGAGUGUAUUAGUGGAUAGGAAAGUGUGUGAGAACAGCUUGAGGGAGGGCAUUCGCGAUAGUGCAACUCGAAUCGCGUCUCAGUGUGCUAGACGCCGACGCUACGACGCGCGCACCGGCAACCGCCUUUGUCUCCUACAACACCACGAAAGAUCCGGAGAGUUAUCAAAGUUCGAAUAUGUCGGACGACAAUUCACCAGUAGUUGAAGAGCAGAAGAAGAAGCGUGGGAGGCCAGCGAAAACGGAUAAAGGUGCUGUUAAGGAGGCUAAGAAACGUGGUAGAUCAGCAGCAGAAAAAACCAACAAUACACCACGCCCACCAAAAUCUGAUAAUGAGGAUGAUGCACCACCUGGACCAGUUAAGAGGGGAAGGGGAAGACCUAAGGGCUCUCAUAAAAAGAAGCAGGGUUCACCGAAAUCAACAGCUCCAUCAUCAGGUCGUGCACGUGGAAGGCCCAAGAAAGUGGAAGAAAAACCAGAGAGUACUGGUGAGGAGGAGGACGAGCAGGAAGACGAGGAGGAUGAGGAGGAGAAUUGAACUGAUUGAGAAAAAAUAAUUCCAUCUUUAUGAUCUUCAUAAACUGAAGUCUCAUCAACAACAUAUAAAGGAAGAACAAAUCAUUUUUGCCUGAGUCUACAUUACGUCCUUCUAUCAUUCUAAUUCUUCGCAUUUUGUUUCUAAGAUUUACAUUGUUUGGUAACGCGAUGAAAACCGUGUGACGAGUAGAUACUUUUCUCAAGAAGCUAUGAAAAUGUACAUUUCGAAUAAUUAAUGAUAAGAUGGCCGAUUCAAUCAAGUAAAAGUUGCGAAUAAAAACUAUGAACAAAAUGAGUUGAAAGUGAUGUAUGGAAAGAGCAAACUUAUUAAUGAAUUUUACUUUUAAUAUAAAUUCAACGCACAGUGCGUCUAUUUUUUUCUAUUUUCUUCUUUUCUAAAUAUUAUUUUAUCAAUUAACAUCUUGGACGAAAUUUGACGGCAUUGAAAGGUCCAGUCGAUUAAUUAUUGAGAACAAAACGCCAGACAACUUAUAAAUGAACAAAAAAGGAUUAAAAACACAUUUGAAAAUAUCUUGUGAAUUUUGCAGUAAUUUCUCUCCCUUAGCUUUUGAUUAUUUUUUAUUGAGAACUAAUCAAUUUAUUCAUCUACUCGUGCACACUGAUACUAAUUCUCAAACGGACGUAUGACGAAUUCAAUUUAAAUAAAUUAAUAAAAAAAAAAUAUUCCACAAUGACAAACAUCCCCAGUCCAGUUUUGAAAUUUUUUAUUGUUAAAGACGCUAAUAAGAGUAACUAGAAACGAAAAUUUUUUAAAGAAUGCAAAACAGUAGAAUAUUCUUUAGUAUGUUAUGAACGCGUGAAGUCUAUUUCAACAUAUUGCAAUUGUCCAAAAAAUGAAAUGGAAAAAAUGUAAUAAUUACGCAAACAAAUGUACAACAGAGGUCCGUUUCUGAGACAGCAACAUUGUGUGAAUGUAAAAUUUGUAUUAAAGUAAAUAAAUUCACAAAAUACUCUUAUUUAAUUCGGUA